AUGGGCUGCGGCUCGUCCAUGGAGACACGGUCGAGUGCUAGGUCGAGCGAGCAGGUGCUAAAUGCAGCGCUGCGCUUACAACAAAAUGGCGGCGACAACAAUAUUGUGCGACAAUAUGUGCGUCUGGAUGAGCAAAUUAGUAAAAUGGAGGGCGGAUGUCCAGGUCCGAGACUGGCCACCGCCGAGGCAUGGAUCGAGCAUUUGCAGGCCAAACGCGAUGCCAUGCUGGGCCUGGAAGGGAUGCCUAGGACUCCUCUAACGGAAACCGAAACGAACUCUGGCCAGGCACGUGGCGAGUCGGAGGCACUUCCGUUGACCUUGAGGAGCGAACGCACGGGGAGUCAAAUUGUCACCAACACGCCCACCAACGACCUGGCCCAGCUGGCUCACAAUCUGGGCGUAAUUGGGGAUCCACGAAAGGCUUCCAUGCACGAGGACUUCUUUGCCAAUUUGAGCGAAUCGGCGCUCUACUUACUAAGCAUACGUUACUAUGGUGAGCUCCUGGAUCAUACGAGGCAGCGGGUCAAGACCCUUGCCGCCAGCUAUGCGGAGUUAAAUGAGAUGUAUGUGAACCAGGAUGGCAUCAUUGCCUACAUUAGCGGGGGAACCUAUAUGACACGCCUCGAGGAGAGCAUCGACGAGCAGCUGGAAUCGGCGCGCGACACUCGCGACAAGCUGGGCAGCGCCUUGGAGCAGUGGCGCAUCUGUGGCACCCUACUCCGUGCCGCCGCCAACUCAUCCACGCAGGCACUGAAGCAGUGGCGACACCUGAACAGGAUAAUCGAUCCGAAGCAAAAGCUGCAAUCGGCAUUGGAGUGCCGCAGUUUGUUGCAUGCAUCACUGACGUCACUGGAGGCGGCUCAACUGGCGCUGCCGCACGUGGAACUCAGGUAUAUGAGUCAUCGCCAGGUGCUGGCAGUCAAUCACUGCAAUACCUACUUAAUCACAGACAUUUCCAACGCAGCGCGCUACGAGCAUAGUCGUGUUUUUAACAGCUUCGAGGCCAGCAUGUCCAAAACAUGCAGUUGGCUCUAUGAUACAUUCAACAAAACGCUACGCAGGGACUUUGAUAAGGCCGAGGAGGCGGUACGACGUUUGGCCCAAACACUGAGGGAGCAUCGCGAGGAAAUUUUCAGUGCGGCACGCAAGUGAAGCAUAUUUCCUCGACCGUUACGAAGCCGUAAACAAAGAUUUUGAGUAACCGAAAUCCAAAGUACGAACAUAACAUAAACUCUUACUUAAACCGAUAUUCGAUUCGGUUUGAUACCCCGAAUCUAACAAUUAGUUUAUCAAUUACAUUUUACAAAAAUGAAUGUGAUCAACAUAUU